AACUACCUGUUGCGUCACUUAGAUCGCCCAUGCAAACUAGAUUGAUUCUUUUCAGAAAUGAUUGCCUGCUUGCUAUUCUUGUUAGUACAACCCACAGAGCCGUGUAUGCGCAUGAGACCUCCAGAAGAUGUUGGGGUACCCGGAUCUUUGGAUCCCGCCACGACGACGAUUGCCUCAGGAAUUCAGACAACGCAAUGUAAUACGUGCACAAAAACACCACAACGCGUGGAUCCUGUGAAAACAACCACAAAGGCACCAGCAGCAACUACCAAGGCAGUGCCACUCCAAUGCCAGAAAUGCACCCCAUUCAAGGAUCCCAUGAAUGCAGCAGCCAAGUGCACCGCCACAACUGGUAUGAAUAGCCCCGGUUGUUCCACACUUUCAGUCAAAUGCACGAUAAACGCUGGAUUCGAAUGUGAUAUAACUAAAUGCAUGGCAGACCCUGCAUAUAAAUGUACUGAUGCGGCGCUUAUCUUGGAUCUCACUGGAGGCGAGUUAACUUUCACUGGCACAGGACCUGGGAAAAUUGCGGAGGCGUCAGUCACAUGUGGGAAUGAUGCUGUUUGGGUAGACUCAAGGGGAAUUCGAGGAAACACGUUGAUUGCGAGCAUCGCCCCUCAGUCUUGUCUUCCAUGCCAGACAUGUGCCUCAUUCACGGAUCCUAUGAGUGAAAAAGCAACUUGCACCGCCACCCCUGGUAUGACUCCCGGCGAUUGUGCCACACUUGCAGUCAAAUGUAUGAUAAACGCUGGAUUCGAAUGUAAUGACGUGGCACUUAUCCCUCCCUGCCAGACCUGCACUCCAUUCACGGAUCCUAUGAGUGAUAAAGGCACAUGCACCGCCACCACUGGUAUGACUAGCACCGGUUGCUCCACACUUGCAGUCAAAUGUACGAUAAACGCUGGAUUCGAAUGUGAUGUAGCUAAAUGCAUGACAGAUCCUGGAUUCGAAUGUUAUGACGCUCUACUUAUCCUUGAAAUGACCGGGGGCGAAUUAUUUACUUCUGGCACAGGACCUGGACCAAUCGCAGAGACUUCUGUCACUUGUGGAGACGAUGUGAUCUUGCAAGAUCCGAAUGGUAUUCGAGGAAACACGUUGAUUGCGAGCAUUUCCGCUCAGACUUGUCUUCCAUGCCAGACGUGCACCGCAUUUAUGGAUCCAAUGGUUCCCGAAGCCACUUGCACCGUCACCGUUGGUAUGACUAGCGCCGGUUGCGCCACCCUUGCAGUCAAAUGUGCGAUAAACGUUGGAUUCGAAUGUAAUGACGUGGCACUUAUCCUUGAAAUCACCGGAGGUGCAUUAGAAACUUCUGGCACAGGGCCUGGGCAAAUCGCAGAGACGUCUGUCACUUGUGGGAACGAUAAAAUUUGGCAAGAUGCGAAUGGAGUUCGUGGAAACACGUUGAUAGCGAGCGUUGCCCCUCAGACUUGUCCCUGA